GAUCGGGCACGCAAACACGUUGUCCAAAUCAAAAUUCGAGUCGGGGGGGGAAAAAAAAUAAAACAGUGCCAGUAAUAAUAUCUCUAAAGAAGCUUGACAGCCGGUCAGUAAGACGCGCUCAGUCUGAUAACGUUCGUCGAGUCGUGCACGUCGCGAGUGCGCAACGCGAAAUUGGAUACGGAAUUUCUAUAAGCAUAUAUAUUUAUAUAUGUAUAUAUAUCAUAUCUAAUUAUCAAUCUAUAUAACUGCGAUAAAAUGAAGCUAGUGCUGUGUAUUGUGUUAAUGCUUGGCUGCCUGGUCACGCCCACGCCCGCCCAGUUCAAUCGACGACAAGUUCGCCAGAAUUGCAUAACGCCCGAGAACUAUUAUGGUAGCUGUGUGGCGCUUAGCUAUUGCCCUCAGGUGGCGAAUAUCUUCCAGCAGACCGAUAGACGUACCGCCCAGAAUUACAUUUUGCAGCUGCAGCGCAGCUGCGGCACACGCAGCGUCAACCGCGAUCCAUUGGUGUGCUGCACUCGACCGAUUACUAAUCCGGUCACAGAUCGACCGAAUCCUUUCCUUACCACAGAUGGUGGCUUUAUACCGCCCCAGACGACUAAUAAUCCGUUCCUGUUCCCCAACACCCCGCCAACGCGCCGCACGACGACGACGACGACCACAACCACAACGGUUGCCCCAGUUACAUCGGACUCACUUAUAAUGCCUCGCGGUCCGUCCUGUCGGUUUCCACCUGGCACGGUGGGCGAGUGUGUUGAUAUCAGAAGCUGUGAGCCCGUCUUCAACGAACUUCGGGCUAGGCAAACAGAUCCCGACUAUGCCAAGCAACUGCAGGCCUCGAAUCUGGUGUGCGGUCGCGUUGGCUCCCACGUCUGUUGCCCCACCGGCCAGGCGGUGACCACCCCAACCCCCGUCCCUCUAAUCAAUCUCAAUGAGGUGCCACGCCGUCUGCCCACCGUGGCGGAGGGCUGCGGCGCAACACCCAGGGCGGCGGCCUUCAAGAAGGUCGUCGGUGGAGAGCCGGCCAAGCAGGGCUCUUGGCCUUGGAUCGCUCUACUGGGCUACGACGUUAUCGCUGGCUCACCGUUCAAGUGCGGCGGCACUUUGAUCACGGCCAGACAUGUGAUCACAGCAGCCCAUUGCAUUCGGGAGGAUUUGACAUUCGUGCGUCUGGGCGAACAUGAUUUGACAACGGAUACCGAAGCACGUCAUGUGGACAUCAAGAUUGCUAAGAAAGUGAGCUAUCCGCAGUAUGUGAAGCGCAUUGGACGCGGCGAUAUCGCAAUGCUCUACUUGGAGCGAAACGUGCAGUUUACGGACACGAUAGUGCCCAUCUGCAUGCCCAGCAGUCCAGCUCUGCGCUCCAAGUCCUACGUGUCAACCAAUCCCUUUGUCGUCGGCUGGGGCAAGACCCAGGAGGGUGGCCAGUCCUCUGAGGUGCUCAUGCAGCUGAUGAUACCCGUGCUGGAAAAUGAGGAGUGCCGUAGGAGGUAUGCGAGCGUCAAUCGUUAUCUGGCACCGGAACAAUUUGAUGAGGCGGUGCUCUGUGCGGGCGUCUUGGCUGGCGGCAAGGAUACAUGCCAAGGUGAUUCCGGUGGACCACUGAUGACCUCCGAGGUGGUCGACGGACAGAUGCGCUUCUAUUUGAUUGGCGUGGUCUCGUACGGCGUGGGCUGUGCACGGCCCGAGAUACCCGGCGUCUAUUCGAGCACACAGUACUUCAUGGAUUGGAUAAUCGAGCAGUUGAAGGAUACGCCCUAAGAGAGAUUUUAGCUAACUGAAUUACAUGUAUAAUAAUAAUAAUACUAAUAAUAAUAAUAAUA